AGCCUAUCUUCUUCCCCACCAGCUCAGGGUGUGUGGCCCAUGGCAGCACAUAGCCCAGGAAAUGCCUUCCAUGGGAUUCCCACCCUGCACUGGGAGAGGAGUCAGGGUGGGAGGAAAUUCCCCCACAUCACGUUUCCUUCCUGGUUCAGGGUCAGAUUCCAAGGGCCUGGCCAGUUCAAUUCCCAGUUAACUCUGGAGUUCGUUGCACUACCAGAAAGGAAAGCGGGGGGCAGGCCAGGGGCCUUUCUUCUCUGAGUAGCAGUUCGGUCACCGGUAAAGUGGAAAAGCAGACCCACCAUCGAACAGGGGAUGGACGGUGUGCAGCCACCCUGGGGUGGGGUUAGAAUUAACCCAGUUCACAGAUGACAUGAAGCCACCGGGUUGAGCCAGGAUGCAAUCCCAGGUCUGACAGCUGCAGCUGAGUGUCUGGGCCCCCUGCACCCGGUGGUUGGAAAGAGGGCUUCACUCCCCCUCCCUUCUUCCUAACUUCCUCCCUUUUCCCCAUUUCUGGAGACCAGGAGACUAAUGGUGGGCCAGGACCCCAAGGUCUCAGCUGGGAUGGAGCCCUUGGGUUCUAGCUUGCAGCUCCAGGGCUCAGCCAGUUCAUUGUUGGGUGACCUGUGCAGUUACCUCGGGCACCAGGCUUAAUGUUCUGCAGUUUCCACUUGACACUUUUUUUUUUUUAAUUAACAAGGGGCUACACCUUUUCAUUUGGCACUGGACCUACCAAUCACGUGUAGCCGGAACGUUCCCCUCCCACGCCUAACCUUGUCAGGAGAGUCUGGAGACCUGGCAUUUGGCCCACAGGCCUUUUGUGCCCUGUCUCCCCUUACCCAGGGCCCGGUGGCCCCAGAAGUCUCUGCAGGCAUGGGAGGAGAGCCCUGAGAUGGGGAGGCAGGGAGCCAUGCUGUGGGAGGCAGCAGGCUGGCGGCCAAGCCACAACUGCUGGCUUGGCAGUGGUGAGUGUUUCUAAGCUGGUGUUGGGCAGAGGUAGGGGGCAAUGUGACCUCGCAGAUGGGGGCGGGGGUUGGUGGGAGAACUUCCAGGCUCAGAGAGAGGACUCUGGAGUCAGACUUGGCUUAAUUCUGGCUCUACUUCCUGCUGCAGGACCCUGGUAAGUUAGUGCCUCCCUCCUGGCCUCAGUUUCCUCACCUGUAAAAGGCACAGGGGUAGGCACAGGGAGUAGUCAUACAACUCACGGGAGAGAGAUGGCACCCAUGAAGUGGGGUGUCAUCAUUUUCAGUGGGGUCUCCUUUGCUCACCCAGCCCUGCCUGCCCUGGUGGUGAGGGAUGGGCAGAAAGACCUCCCACCACCAUCAGCCGUGUCUGCUCAUAGCAUCACCCUCCGUCUCCCAGGCCCAGGGUCUGCUGGGUUUGAUCAGACUACAACUCCAGCCAGUCCCAGGAGGUUGCCUCCCCUUCCUGUUCCAUUACUCGGGAAACGCAGGCCCAACCCUUGGUGUCCAGUGUACACCAAGGCCCUUUGUCUUGGCCCUGCCCUUGGGUGGGUUAGAGGUUUAUUGCUUUGUUGACCCAAAUGUCUUUCUGGAGUGGUAACCUGGCAGCUGCGAUCCGCCAGCCAGUUCCUCCAGGCAGACGAAGAUGACUGGAGAUUGGUUCUGGGCCUGCUGACGUUCUCUGGACCCCCUUCUCUGCCACUGCAGUUCCUGCAGUUUCCCGGAGAUGAGGAAACUGAGGCUCAGAGAGGUCACAUGGCUUGCCCGAGGCCCCUCAGCCAGUAAGUGGAGGAACCCGGAUUUGCAGUUGAACCUGAGAUGCUGUACUGACCAUGGCCUUCUCAGAGCAGGACUGUGACGGGGGCUGACCAAGGGAACAGUGGUCCUGGCUGAGGGCACUGCUCAGGCAAAGGUCUGACCACACACCCCUACCUGGGCCACCUGCAGGACACUGGCCCCUGCCCCUCAGCAGACGCCGGAGAGAGAUGAAGAACAACAAAGAGCAGCGGUCAGCAGUGUUCGUGAUCCUCUUUGCCCUCAUCACCAUCCUCAUCCUCUACAGCUCCAACAGUGCCAAUGAGGUCUUUCAUUAUGGCUCCCUGCGGGGCCGGACACGCCGGCCUGUCAACCUCAGGAAGUGGAGCAUCACUGACGGAUACAUCCCCAUUCUUGGCAACAAGACGCUGCCCUCCAGGUGCGGCCAGUGUGUGAUUGUCACCAGCUCCAGCCACCUGCUGGGCACCAAGCUGGGUCCUGAGAUCGAGCGGGCCGAGUGCACAAUCCGCAUGAACGACGCACCCACUACGGGCUACUCGGCCGAUGUGGGCAACAAGACCACCUUCCGCGUGGUGGCCCAUUCCAGCGUAUUCCAUGUGCUGCGGAGGCCUCAGGAGUUUGUCAACCGGACCCCUGAAACUGUGUUCAUCUUCUGGGGCCCCCCAAACAAGAUGCAGAAGCCCCAGGGCAGCCUGGUGCGUGUCAUCCAGCGGGCAGGCCUGGUGUUCCCCAACAUGGAGGCCUAUGCCAUCUCCCUCAGCCGCAUGCGCCAGUUUGACGACCUCUUCCGGAGUGAGACAGGCAAGGACAGGGAAAAGUCCCACUCAUGGUUGAGCACAGGCUGGUUCACCAUGGUGAUUGCGGUGGAGUUGUGUGACCACGUGCACGUCUAUGGCAUGGUGCCCCCGGACUACUGCAGCCUGCGGCCCCACCUGCAGCGUAUGCCCUACCACUACUAUGAGCCCAAGGGGCCAGACGAGUGUGUCACCUACAUCCAGAACGAGAACAGCCGCAAGGGCAACCACCACCGCUUCAUCACGGAGAAGAGGGUCUUCUCGUCCUGGGCCCAGUUGUACGGAAUCACCUUCUCCCACCCCUCCUGGACCUAGGCCACCCCGCCUGUGGUGCUCUCACGAGGGGCACGGGAGAAGUGGCUCUCCGCCCAGCUGCUCGACCCGGGGCCGUCUCCUGGCCAAUCAAGGCUGGUCAGGGUGUCUUCUGGACGGUCAGGCCUUGAAGCAGGCACAGCCUCCAGCCAUCCAGGGCCUGGAGGAAUCUCUUGGCCAAUCAAGGAUUUGGGCUUCUGUGUGGUUAAUCGGGUGUUGAGGGUAUUUUUUGUCUAGUCAGGGUCUGAGCAUAGUCAAUCAGGGUAUUUUUGAGUAAUCUGAGGCUAAGGUCACGUCCUUUCCCGUGAGGCCUUGGUUCAGAACCCCAGGAUGGACCCCAAAUCACUUCCUAUUGAUGGGGAUGGUGGGGUCCUGUCCCAGGAAGCCGCCUCCUCCCUUUCUAGAGCUAGAGAGAGGUUGGGUGGGGGUAGGGGGCCAGGCUGGGGCAUUUGUGGGGUUGGGGGGCUCUCCAGGGUGGGAGACUGGUGUCUGGGUCUUGCCUCUACCCUGAGUGGCCUUGAACAAACCCCUUGCCCCGUCUCUGGGCCUCCUUCUGCCUGUGUCAGGUUCUAAUUGUAGAGUCUGAGAACCCUCCCACCUCCUCCCACUGACCACCUUGGGUCUGUCCUCCAUUAAGACUGGGCACCUCCAGCCACCGCCCCUUGCUGGGGGACUCAGCUUCCUGUGGGUCUGGGAUUCCCUUCCUCACCUCCUCCUGGAAACUUGAGGGUAUUUUUGUGCAACUUCCUCAGGCUUUAGGGAACUCUGAAAAGAAUGGACAAACCUUCAGCUGUUUUCUUAGCCCCUCUGCCCAGCUGCCAUUAGCCUGGCUCUUUAAGAGCCAGGCCCCUGUUUCUGCCAUCCAGCCAUGAGGUUUUCCACCUGCUGGAGGAGCCUUUGGGGCUGAGAGGAGGGGGGAUCCCAGCCCAACUGAGGUUUUCCGAAGCCCCUUCGUUUGCAGCUGCUGGAGUAGUCCAAGGGCCUUCCCCCACCUGGGCCUGGGAAGGCUCUAGAGGCCUGGGAGCUGUCGCCUAAGUUCUGUCAUCUCCCUCUACAUCAGGCACUUUAUUGCUGGGCCUCAGUGGGCUGGAUUUACCCCCCCCCCCCAGCUCUUCUGGAGUCUUGAAGGGAAGAGACUGGAGGGCUUCCUGGAGGAGGCUGUGGAAUGGGCAGGGUCAGGUGGGGAAGGAGGCCAGCAGUGAGUCAUUGCACUUUGGGGCAAGGGGUGGGGGCCGGCGACUACCCUAGACUUGAUUUUGUAAUGAUUUGUACAGAAAUAAACGCACCUAAACUCCA